CAGGCAAUCACAUUCCCCUUGUAACAUUAUACCCAGCAGCCAAUUGUACACCGGUGGGUGUGACCAAAGCAGCCGCCCAAGGCAUCAAGUAUUUGAUUGGAGUGCUAACAAUGACAUGGCAUUCGUAGCAUCCACCUUAACUGAGUUUGCUUCGAUGUUCUAUCCUCCGGGUUGGACAACCUUGAUUGCGUGUCUUUUACUCGCCAUUCUUGUCGAACUCUGUUUCAGAUUCACCAUGGAACUCAGAUAUGAGCAAGUUCGGCCAGGCCAUGGAACAUUGCAUAUCAAGAUAUCGAAACGCGGAUAUGCUCAAUUUGACACCAUCUCUGAGGCGCUCGACGCAUUACGUGACGAGGGAGAAAGACAACAGGAAGCUGAAAAAGAACUGGAAGAGACUAUACACGAGAUGAACGCUGUUCUUAACAACAUGAGACGUGUCAUACACAGAAAUAACCAGGCGAUGAUGCGUCUAGAAGCAGAGUCGAACAGCGAUGAACACUAUCCGAUGGGCGAGUAGCGGACGGCAUCUAGUUGACCCAACCCCGACCGCCCGAGUCACUACUGUACUUUACUCGUACUUAUCCACUACUAUUACUCUGUCUUCGGUCAAGGAAGACAAUACACUGAACAUAAACCUCCA